UGUGUGUGUGUGUGGUAAACUGGCCAUUUAAAUAAGCUUGAUUGUAUUGUCGGUGGUUUCAGUGGCCACAGCUGAUUAAAAGUUUCCCGGAGUAAAGAGUGGAAAAGCGCUCAGGAUCCUCCGUGUUUGGAUUGUUGUUAGUGUGGAACUACUUGGUGAAUUUGCAUACAGAGAGGUCCUCAAGGUGAUUGGAAACGAAAUCCUUCUUUCAUGCUUUUGCAGUAGAGGGUUGUGAAAGCUGAUUUUGUCAUGGUGCGCCCCACUCUUUUUGCUUGGCUGCCUUUAGGACUUGUCAGAAAGGCAGCUUUGCCUCAUUCGCAGUACCACCCAGUUUCCUGCUAUAGAACCAAUUCAUCUAAUCAAAAAACUACUUCCUUCAGCUAUGUCAUCGUAGGGGCAGGCUCAGCGGGAUGUGUGCUGGCCAACCGCUUAUCAGAGAAUCCAUCUGAGUCUGUCCUCCUCUUGGAGGCAGGGCCCAAAGACUUACUGCUUGGGUGUACGCGCCUGUCAUGGAAGAUACACAUGCCAGCAGCGUUAACCUACAACCUCUGCAAUGACAAGUACAACUGGUUCUACCACACAUUGCCACAAGAAGGAAUGGAUGGCCGGAUCUUGUACUGGCCUCGUGGACGUGUCUGGGGUGGCUCAUCCUCACUUAAUGCCAUGGUUUAUAUUCGUGGCCAUGCUGAGGAUUACAAUCGCUGGCACACAGAAGGUGCUGAGGGAUGGGACUAUGAGCAUUGCCUCCCAUACUUUAGAAAAGCCCAGACCCAUGAACUGGGAGCAGAUCGGUACAGGGGGGGCAGUGGACCCCUGCAUGUUUCCAGAGGCAAAACCGAUCACCCUCUUCACCAUGCGUUUAUUAAGGCUGCUCAACAAGCUGGCUACCCCUUCACUCAAGACAUGAAUGGGUACCAGCAGGAAGGUGUAGGCUGGAUGGAUAUGACAAUUCAUAAAGGCAAGAGAUGGAGCACAGCAAGUGCAUACCUGCGGCCUGCUCUGGCCAGACAAAACCUGAAGGCUGAGGUAAGAUGCCUGACCACACGGAUUCUUUUUGAUGGGGCUCGAGCAGUAGGUGUGGAGUACCAGCAGAAUGGUCAAAUAAAAAAGGUAUUUGCUGACAAGGAGGUCAUUGUCAGUGGCGGGGCUAUUAACUCCCCGCAGCUGCUUAUGUUGUCCGGAGUGGGAAAUGCUGAUGACUUGUGCAAACUGGGAAUUCCUAUCGUGCAACACCUCCCAGGUGUUGGAAGUAAUCUCCAGGAUCAUUUGGAGCUGUAUGUCCAACAACAGUGCACUAAGCCCAUCACCCUGUUUAAGGCUCAGAAACCAUUCCAUAUGGUUAAGAUCGGCCUUGAGUGGCUGCUGCGCUUCACAGGUUUUGGUGCUACAGCUCAUCUGGAGAGUGGUGGUUUUAUUCGCAGCCGCCCGGGUGUCACUCAUCCUGAUAUCCAGUUCCACUUCCUGCCAUCACAGGUUAUCGAUCAUGGCCGUAUUAUGCCCAAACUCGAGGCUUAUCAGGUACAUGUUGGACCAAUGAGGAGUACGAGUGUUGGCUGGUUAAAACUGAAGAGCAGAAAUCCACUUGAUCACCCCUUGAUUGACCCCAAAUACCUCUCAACUGACAUUGAUAUUUUGGAGUUCCGCGAGUGUGUGAAGCAGUCACGUGAAAUCUUCGCCCAGCCUGCCUUUGAGCCGUUCCGGGGUGCUGAGCUGCAGCCUGGCAUCUCCGUCCGUUCCGAUGCUGAGAUUGAUGCCUUUGUGAGGCAGAAAGCAGACAGUGCCUAUCACCCGUCCUGCACCUGCAAGAUGGGCCGAGCCUCGGACCCGAUGGCUGUUGUGGACCCUGAGACGCGCGUACAUGGUUUGCAGGGACUCAGGGUGGUGGAUGCCUCAAUCAUGCCCAGUAUAGUCAGUGGUAACCUGAAUGCCCCCACCAUUAUGAUUGCUGAGAAGGCUGCUGAUGCGAUCAAAGGGCUUCCCCCACUCCAUGACCAGGGUGUCCCUGUUUACCAGCCAGCUAGUCUGAAGACACAGAGAUGAGACAGCCUGCUGAAAUAAAAGUGAGGAGUAUGUGGAGGAACUUGUGAGUACAUGCUAGGGCACAUGCUGCCGUACUGGAAUGAGGGAACCUAAAAUAGUCUUAAUAUACUAACAUACAAAAAAAAACUUAUGUCUUAACACACCCUGUCUUGUAACAUGCUAAAAGACUUUUAAUGCAGAAUGCCAUACUUUAUAACAUACUACCGUAUGAUGAAUGAGCCUUUUAAACAGAUUAUUUAAUAUUUGCACAGUCCUAUAAGAAAGUAUAAUGUUGUAAACAGAUACUAUGAUACAAGAUCUUAUUCUUAUGCCUCAUUCUUUUAAUAUUAAGGAGCAUUUGGUUGUAGUGAACACGUAUGAAAUCAUGGCUUAGAAACUUGAUGGCUUGAAACUAUGGCUUGUUGAUUGAUUUUUAAAAUAUGAAUGUUUUAAAAUCUAGUUUAAUUAAUUACACUAUAUGGAGGCUCUUAGUUAUUGAAUGGGCAGGCUUAGUGGAUGUUUCCACCUAUUAGUUUGUUUGCACAGUCCAAAUUGGACAGAAUUUGAUGCUUAUGCCUUGUUUACGGUUUGGUUUGAUUUGUAUUUACACUACACAUAAUUAAAUGGAAAAAAUAACAUU